UGUCAGAUGGGAAAUUAAGCCAACGUGUGUUUGAUUGAUAUAAAUCAUGUGUUUUCAAAGGUUAAUAAUAUUUAAAAUGAAUAAACCACUAAAAUUACUGAUAAUUUAGCAAAAUAUUCGUAUUAGAUAAGGCCACGUACAAAAUCCUACCAAUACCGUACAGAGUAUUAGUUACUUUUAAAAUAUGACUUAUUUUGUUUAUUUUUCAUUGUUAAUUUUCUACCUGAGGGUCCACAUUGUGUUUGGUGAUAAAAUUAGCGACAUUUUAAAACAAACGAAGUUUCCACCAUGUAAAGCAUGUAAAGUCUACGUGGAAUCGUUUAAACAUGGUAUGGAAGUUACCGCCAAAGGAAAAUUUGAAGGAGGCGAUACAGCUUGGGAGGAGGCAAAGUUGGGAAGUUACGCUCAAAGCGAAGUCCGAUUAGUAGAAAUACAAGAGAAGGUUUGCUCUGAUGUCUCUGAAGGAAAAGAUCAGUGUUAUUCGUUAAAUGAACAACAUGACGACUUAAUCGAAGACUGGUGGUUUAAUCUGCAAACUUCCGAACCUGAUUUAUAUAAAUUCUUAUGUAUAGACAGUUUAAAGCUAUGCUGUCCAGAUUUUCACUAUGGUCCUAACUGUUCACCAUGUCUAGGAUAUCCUGAUAACAUUUGUAAUAAUAACGGGAAGUGUAAAGGAGCAGGAACGCGGAAGGGAAAUGGUAAAUGUAGCUGUAAUGUCGGAUACGAAGGGGAAACAUGCGAUAACUGUUCGAAUACAUAUUACCAAUCUUAUAAAGAUGAAUCCAAACUGUUGUGUUCAAAGUGUCAUGUUUCGUGUGAGGGAUCCUGUAAAGCUGGUGGGCCCACAGGUUGUGAUAAAUGUGCCGUUGGAUGGAUAACGGAUAAAGAUAAAGGCUGUAUCGAUCUAAAUGAGUGUACAAAUAUCAAACCACCAUGUAAGCCCUCACAAUUUUGCAUAAAUAAUGAGGGCUCGUAUCAAUGCUUGGAAUGUGAUCGAUCGUGCGCCGGAUGCACUGGUGAUGGCCCCGAUAUGUGUGUAAAAUGUGCCAAUGAUUAUACAUUGAUUAACAACGUUUGUACAGAUUCCGAACAAGAGCAGCGGAAGCACCACGUGUUUAUAACACGGUACUUAACAUACUUCGGAUUGUGUGUCGCCACCUGUAUAAUUUUCCAACGUAAUGUGAUGUUAGCUGCUAUUAUAGGUUUAGCUGUAGGUGUUUAUAUUUCUGUUUCGGAGUAUAUGUUAAAUACACCUGCUGUACCAAAUGUCACCGAUUUUGCCAAAACUAUAGGUGUUAAUUAGUAAAUUUUUAAAUUAGGUCGCAAAUUUAUUUAUAAACAAUUGUUUUGUCCUAUGUUGCUAUAAUGGUGUAGUAAUAAAUUAUAUGGGUUAGUUGAAA